UUGCUCCUGCUGUUGCCUCAUUCGAAUGGACCAUUGACGCUGCAAGAGAAUUAAUUCGACUUCAACGCGAGAAUUAUGACUAUUUUGAGCUUGUUCCUAAUAAUUGCCAUGAAAGAAUAUGA